GUUUGCUCCGAAGCGGAAACAAAAGAAAUCACAAAUUUCUCAAAACAUUCUAGUAGAUAGCUAGUUAGUCAAAAGAGAAGAGGAACAGGUACAGGACCGACAGGUGCGUACGGUAGCUAACAUCACGAACAUACAUCUGGAGGACUGACAUGGCUUUAAAAAGAAUACAGAAGGAACUACAUGAUUUGCAAAGGGAUCCUCCAGCCCAAUGCUCGGCUGGGCCAGUUGGAGAGGACUUGUUUCACUGGCAAGCCACCAUCAUGGGACCGACUGACAGCCCAUUUCAGGGUGGAGUGUUCUUCCUCACCAUUCACUUCCCUACAGACUAUCCCUUCAAACCACCAAAGGUAGCCUUCACAACAAAAAUAUAUCACCCUAACAUCAACAGUAAUGGGAGCAUCUGUCUGGACAUCUUGAGGUCACAGUGGUCGCCAGCCCUUACAGUAUCAAAAGUUUUAUUGUCCAUAUGCUCCUUGCUAUGUGACCCAAACCCAGAUGACCCCCUAGUCCCAGACAUAGCACACAUCUACAAGUUGGACAAAACUAAGUACAACAGACUAGCCAGAGAAUGGACACAAAAGUAUGCAAUGUAAAGGACUAAGAUUUUGGCUGAGAAAAAGGUUGUGGCAAAUGGAUUUGCUGGACAACUGACCACAAAGUACUGUUGAAACGCCGAAUCAACACUGGCUAAAGAAGAAGUGUUUGAUAAAGAAAGAAAAAAACUAAAACACUUUCUCUUCCCUAAUUAACUGAUUUUACGCUUUGAAGUCACAUUUUCCAUUUUCUUUUGAAAAUUCCAUAGUUUUUAUAAGUUAUUAUUCUUUUGUUGCUAACAUGGCUUGUAAAGAUUAAAAGCCAAUUAUGGUUUCUUUUUUUUCUCCAUCUUUUAGGUACAGUUUUCUUUUUUUCUUUUAGAGAUUUUUAUUGUAUAGUAUAAAGCUAUACAAAAUCUAUUUUUUAUCAUUUUGCAUUAAAAAGUGAAACGAG